AUGGUGGUCGAUUCUAGAUCCAGGAUGAAUAAGUUUGUGUCAGGGGUUUUUGAAGAUGUUGUCAAAGAGUGUAGAGCAGUGAUGCUGAUAAAAGAUAUGGAUCUCUCUAGGUUGAUGGUCUAUGCUCAGCAGAUUGAGAAGGAGAAACGUAAGGAUAAGGAAAUUGAAAAUAAAAAGGCCAAAAUAUGUAGUUUCAACUUUUCUCAGCAGAGGUCGAAAGGUGGGAAGCCAAUUCUUUGUGAUUAUAUUAAUUCAAAUAUGGCCGGUGAUAUUUAUACUUGCAAGUCAAAUUCUGGGUAUUUGGUUACUUUUGUAGGGGGAGCUAUGUCUUGGCAAUCUAGGUUGCAAAAAUGUGUUGCUCUACCUAUUACAGAAGCUCAGCUUAUUGUUGUCGUUGGAGCUUGUAAAGAAUUGCUUUGA